GAAACCAUAGAGCAGGGCACUUUCAGUCGACCUAAAUUAGUAUGAAUAGUUUUACAUUUGUUGGCAAAUUUUGUCUGUUUUGCUUGGUUAUAUGUGCUAUUCCAGCGCAAAAGAUAUACGAAGGAAGAUGGGACCUUAAAGACUCGCCCCCGCCACACCAAGAAAAGGCCAAGACUGCAAGAUAUCUGGUACAUGCAACGUCGUGGGCAGUCGUUGCAACAACGUCGACAUUAAAAGAAAUAGCUGGAAGACCGUUUUCGAAUGUAUUUUCUUUCUGCGACGGACCUAUUGAAAAUGGCACAGGAAUACCAUAUUUUUACGUCACUGAUUUUGACGUCAGCAUGCAAGAUGUUAUGAAGAAUCCAAUUGUUUCGUUUACUUUGUCGGAGGCGGAGAUCGAAUAUUGUGGAAAUCAGGAUUUCGAUCCCGAAGACCCAAGAUGCGCCAGGCUAACCUUGUCAGGAAAAAUGGUAAAUGUUACCAACAAUGAAGAAAGAGAUUUUGCUUUAGCAUCUUUAUUCAAAAGACACCCAGUUAUGAAGUCUUGGCCAACUUCUCAUGAUUUCCAUGUUACCAAGUUGGAAAUUGACAUGAUUUGGUUGCUCGACUACUUCGGAGGAGGAUCAGUUGUACCGCUGAAGGAUUACUUUGCAGCAAAUUUGUAGUCUGGCAGCAGAAUCUAACAGUCGAUUUGAGACACUGAAAGUCUGUUUCUAAAAUUAAGUGCAUUAUUUAUUCUUUAAUUGCUGAUAUUGUUUAUAUUUCAUAAAAUAUAUAAAUAAUUAUUUACUGAAACAAUUAAAUGUCCUGAUAA